AUGUCGUUCAUUGUCACACUCUUGACGUCAAUCUCAGUGUAUCGUCUCUUUCUGUCACCCAUUCGUAACUUCCCUGGUCCUACACUAGCAGCUCUGUCGAAGUUUUGGUAUAUAUACCACUCUGCGGGAGGAGGGAUGCCGAAGGUUGUGAGCAAGCUGCACGAUAAAUAUGGAGAUGUUGUGCGUAUAGGGCCGAAUGAAUUGAGCAUUUGCUCGCUCGAUGCCGUGGAAGUCAUCCUUGGCUCGAAGGGAAAGUUGAGCAAGGGUCCAUGGUAUGAUGCUAUGUGGGCGGACAAAGUUGGACGCUCCGUACAUGCGCUAAAGGAUAUCGAUGCGCAUGCACAGAGGAGAAGGUACUGGGACAAGGCCAUGACUGGACCCGCCGUCAAAAACUACCUAGUCUUCUUAGAGGAAUGCGUGGAUCACCUCUGCCGCCGACUACGGGAAGAUUACAAGAAAGCAUCGGUGCAAAACUUGAGCCGUAUCAUGGACCAUCUUGUGUUCGACGUGAUUGGAGAGGUUACUUGUGCUCGCUCGUUUGGGAUGAUCGAAAACGGCGAAGACCACACAUAUAUUCACUUCAUGGAGAAGGGUUUUCGCGCCAUAUGCGUUCUCGCAGAAAUUCCGUGGGUGCUACCUAUACUGACUCUCCUACCUGUGGUCAAGGAACAGGCCGCAAUAGAGGCAUUUUUGAACAAUGCAAUGAUGGACAGGUAUAAACGGGGCUCGACCCGGCCCGAUUUCUUCUCGUACUUAAUCCAAGAAAACGGACAGCUUCAACCUGGGAUGACCAUGAAAGAUCUUGACGCCGAUAUUCGGGUGGCGAUUAUGGCGGGAGCUGGUACAUCUGCGACGAUAUUGACGUUUAUCUUCGAGUUUCUCUCUCAGCAUCCAGAGUGGGCACGCAGACUCCGCGAAGAAGUGGAUGCAAGAUACCGAGGGGACGGAGACUUUGACCUCGACGAUACUCCUGUUCUUGAUGCUAUCAUGAACGAGACACUACGCGUCCGACCAACUGUCCCAGCGCGCUCGCAGCGUGUUGUCCCCACAGGAGGCAUUUUCAUUUCUGGCCAUUACAUCCCCGGUGGUACCCUCGUCGGUAUCCCUCCCCCCGUCAUCAUGCGCGACCCACGCAACUUCUCUCCCCACCCAACAACCUGGAGGCCCGAACGAUGGCUACACCCCGAAAAAGAACAAACCUUCCGUCGUUCGGCGUUCAUUCCAUUCUCCUACGGACCUUUCAAUUGUUCCGGAAAGGCGCUUGGGUUGUUGGUGGUGCGAUACUCGCUCGCAAGGCUCGUACAUGAGUUUGAUGUGAGCGCUGCGUCGGAGCAUGAUGGUGAGAUGUUUGAGAGGUCGAUAAGGGAGUAUCUCUCGGUGCAGAAGGGGCCGUUUUGGGCGGUUGUGAGGCCGAGGGGGUAG